GGUGACAUGGAGCAGAUCUGUGGCAUAAAUAAAGGUGUCAUAAAGACAGGGCGGGGCUCACGCUUAUAAGGGGCACGAGCGUCUCGGAGCUGCCAGAAUGUCUUCUGCUCAGUGCCCGGCACUAGCGUGUGUCAUGUCCCGGCUGCGUUUCUGGGGCCCAUGGCCCCUCCUUAUGUGGCAACUAUUGUGGCUACUAGUCAAGGACCUGCUCCAGCUCACCUCUAACCCCCUGGGGCCGCCUGAGCCCUGGUCUUCCCACUCCUCCCAUUUCCCACGGGAAUCUCCCCAUGCGCCUACUCUCCCGGCAGACCCGUGGGACUUUGAUCACCUGGGGCCCUCUGCUUCCUCAGAGAUGCCAGCCCCACCCCAGGAAUCGACUGAAAAUUUGGUUCCAUUCCUGGACACCUGGGAUUCAGCUGGAGAGCUGCCCCUGGAGCCAGAGCAGUUCUUGGCUUCACAGCUGAAGAAAGAUCCAGCUCAGCGUUGGAGCCUUGCUGAGAUUAUUGGAAUUACACGCCAAUUAUCCACACCUCAGAGUCAGAAACAGACUUUGCAGGAUGAAUAUUCCAGCACGGAUACACCGUAUCCCGGUAGCCUGCCUCCAGAACUCCGGGUGAAGUCAGAUGAGCCUCCAGGGCCCUCUGAGCAAGUUGGACCUUCUCAAUUCCAUCUAGAGCCUGAAACUCAAAAUCCAGAGACCCUUGAAGACAUCCAGUCCUCUUCACUCCAGCAAGAAGCCCCAGCACAGCUUCCACAGCUCCCUGAGGAGGAAGAACCUUCUUCAAUGCAGCAGGAGGCCCCAGCUCUGCCUCCAGAGUCCUCUAUGGAGAGUCUAACUCUACUGAAUCAUGAGGUGACAGUUCAACCUCCAGGUGAGGAUCAAGCUCAUUAUCACUCGCCCAACAUUACAGUUAAAUCUGCAGAUGUGGAGGUUACCAUAACUUCAGAGCCUACCAAUGAGAGAGAAUCUUCCCAAGCCCAGCAGGAGGCCGCAAUUCAGUUUCUAGAGGAGGUGGAACCUUCUGCAACCCAACAGGAGGCCCCAAUUGAGCCUCCAGUUCCUCCUAUGGAGCAUGAACUUUCCAUCAGUGAGCAGCAGCAGCCAGUUCAGCCUUCUGAGUCUUCUGGGGAGGUCGAAUCUUCUCCGACCCAGCAGGAGACCCCAGGUCCGCCUCCAGAACAUCAUGAAGUCACAGUUUCACCUCCAGGUCACCAUCAAACUCAUCAUUUAGAUUCACCCAGUGUCUCUGUGAAGCCUCCAGACGUGCAGCUCACCAUAGCAGCAGAGCCUAGUGCAGAGGUGGGAACUUCUCUAGUCCACCAGGAGGCUACAGCUCAGCUCUCAGGGUCAGGUAAUGAUGUAGAACCUCCCGCCAUCCAGCACGGGGGCCCACCUCUGCUUCCAGAGUCAUCGGAAGAGGCUGGACCUUUAGCAGUUCAAAAGGAGACUUCGUUUCAGUCUCCGGAACCUGUUAAUAAUGAGAACCCCUCUCCAACCCAGCAGGAGGCUGCAGCUGAGCAUCCACAGACCGCUGAGGAGGGUGAGUCUUCCCUAACCCAUCAGGAGGCCCCAGCUCAGACUCCAGAGUUCCCUAAUGUAGUUGUAGCUCAACCUCCAGAGCAUUCACACCUGACUCAAGCCGCAGUUCAACCUUUGGAUCUGGGGUUUACCAUCACUCCAGAAUCCAUGACAGAGGUUGAACUUUCUCCAACCAUGAAGGAGACCCCAACUCAGCCUCCUAAGAAAGUUGUACCCCAACUUCGAGUAUAUCAAGGGGUAACAAAUCCAACACCAGGUCAGGAUCAAGCUCAGCAUCCAGUGUCACCCAGCGUUACAGUUCAAGUUUUGGACCUGGGACUUACCAUCACUCCAGAACCCACUACGGAGGUUGGACAUUCUACACCCCCAAAGAGGACUAUAGUUUCUCCAAAGCAUCCUGAGGUGACACUUCCACAUCCAGACCAGGUUCAGACUCAGCAUUCACACCUGACUCGAGCCACAGUUCAACCUUUGGACCUGGGGUUUACCAUCACUCCAAAAUCCAUGACAGAGGUUGAACCUUCUACAGCCCUGACGACUACAGCUCCUCCUCCAGGACACCCUGAGGUGACACUUCCACCUUCAGACAAGGGUCAGGCUCAGCAUUCACACCUGACUCAAGCCACCAUUCAACCUCUGGACCUGGAGCUUACCAUAACUACAAAACCUACUACAGAGGUUAAACCGUCUCCAACCACGGAGGAGACCUCAACUCAGCCUCCAGACCUAGGGCUUGCCAUAACUCCAGAGCCCACUACAGAGAUUGGACAUUCUACAGCCCUGGAGAAGACUACAGCUCCUCAUCCAGAUCAGCUUCAGACUCUGCAUCGAAAACUGACUGAAGUCACAGGUCCACCUACUGAGCUAGAACCUAGUCAGGAUUCAUUGGUGCAGUCUGAAAGUUACAUCCAAGAUAAGGCUUUAACUGCACCAGAGGAACAGAAGGCCUCCACAAGCACCAACAUAUGUGAGCUCUGUACCUGCGGAGAUGAGAUGUUGUCAUGUAUUGAUCUCAACCCAGAGCAGAGGCUCCGCCAAGUGCCUGUGCCAGAGCCCAACACCCACAAUGGCACCUUCACCAUCUUAAAUUUCCAAGGAAACUAUAUUUCUUACAUUGAUGGAAAUGUAUGGAAAGUGUACAGUUGGACCAAGAAACUAAUUCUCAGAGAAAAUAACUUGACUGAAUUACACAAGGAUUCAUUUGAAGGCCUGCUAUCCCUCCAGUAUUUAGAUUUAUCCUACAAUAAAAUACAGUCUAUUGAAAGACAUACAUUUGAACCACUACCAUUUUUGAAGUUUAUAAAUCUUAGUUGCAAUGUAAUUACAGAACUCAGCUUUGGAACAUUUCAGGCCUGGCACGAAAUGCAGUUUUUACAUAAGUUAGUAAUUUAUAAUAUUUCCCACUCCCAACAGGAAUUGAGAAAGGGACUCCAGAAGUUGGGGGCUUAUUCAGACUUCUUAAAAGUCUACCUUCUUCCUCUGUACUUUCAGCCCAAAGCAUACCAUACUCACUGCCAUGCUUACCCUUCAGUUGGGCACCUUUGCCCUCCUUCCUAUUGGCCUUCUGGUUCCUACCCAACUGUCCAGUCCAUAGGCUUCAAUGAACACCUUUUUCCCACCCCUGUGGUAGCGCUGGCUGCCUCCUUUACCUACUCAAGUAACCGCUUUACCGCUAAUUUAUUGCUCUCUGUUUUCAUCUAUAGGAUCUUACCUAGCCAUAUGGCCUGCUGCCUCUGCCAAUUUAAAAACAGCAUUGAGGCUGUCUGCAAGACAGUCAAGCUGCAUUGCAACAGUGCAUGUCUGACAAACACCAUACAUUGUCCUGAAGAAGAAUCUGUAGGGAAUCCAGAAGGAGCGUUCACGAAGGUGUUAAAAGCCCGGAAGAAUUACACAAGCACUGAGCUGACUGUUGAGCCGGAGGAGCCCUCAGACAGCAGUGGCAUAAACUUGUCAGGCUUUGGGAGUGAGCAGCUAGACACCAAUGACGAGAGUGAUGUUAUCAGUGCACUAAGGAACAACAUGCCAUAUUUCUCAGCGGUAAACCUAGAUGUGAAAUCAAUGUUACUACCGUUCAUUUAAAUGCCAACCACAGGAAACAGCCUGGCAAAGAUUCAAACUGUACGCAAAAACUGGUAGAGAGUGAGUAGAGUCCUCAUGGGCCCAAGGAGCAUCCAGAAAAGGCACUUCAAAGAGGUGGGAAGGCAGAGCAUCAGGAGGGAACAGGGUGCCCAGGCAUCUGUGGAGAACGCUGCCGAAGAAAAAAGGCUCCAGAGUCCAGCCCCAAGGGAGCUGAAACAGCCUAACACACAGCAGGGGCCUGAGAAGUUAGCGGGAAACGCCAUCUACACCAAGCCUUCAUUCACCCAAGAGCAUAAGGCAGCAGUCUCUGUGCUGACACCCUUCUCCAAGGGCGCGCCUUCUACCUCCAGCCCUGCAAAAGCCCUACCACAGGUGAGAGACAGAUCGAAAGACUUCACCCACGCCUUUUCCAUUUUAGAAAGUGCAAAGGCUAGAGUUACAAAUAUGAAGGCUUCUAAACCAAUUGUACAUUGCAGAAAAAAAUACCGCUUUCAUAAAACUUGCUCCCGCAUGACCCACAGAACACCCAAGGUCAAAAAGAGCCCAAAGUUCAGAAAGAAAAGUUAUCUGAAUAGACUGAUGCUCGCAAACAGGCCUCCGUUCUCUGCAGCGAAGAGCCUCAUAAAUUCCCCUUCACAAGGGGCUUUUUCAUCCUUAGGAGACCUGAGUCCUCAAGAAAACCCUUUUCUGGAAGUAUCUGCUCCUUCAGAACAUUUUAUAGAAACCACUAAUAUAAAAGACACAACUGCAAGAAAUGCCUUGGAAGAAAAUGUUUUUAUGGAAAACACUAACAUGCCAGAAGUCACCAUCUCUGAAAACACAAACUACAAUCAUCCUCCUGAGGCAGAUUCCGCUGGGACUGCAUUCAACUUAGGGCCAACUGUUAAACAAACUGAGACAAAAUGGGAAUACAACAACGUGGGCACUGACAUGUCCCCCGAGCCCAAAAGCUUCAAUUACCCAUUGCUCACUGAAAUUCAGCUAACCCAGCAGCUACAGUCCCUUAUCCCCAACAACAAUGUGAGAAGGCUCAUUGCUCAUGUUAUCCGGACCUUGAAGAUGGACUGCUCUGGGGCCCAUGUGCAAGUGACCUGUGCCAAGCUCAUCUCCAGGACAGGCCACCUGAUGAAGCUUCUCAGUGGGCAGCAGGAAGUAAAGGCAUCUGAGAUAGAAUGGGAAACGGACCAAUGGAAGACUGAGAACUACAUUAAUGAGAGCACGGAAGCCCAGAGUGAACAGAAAGAGAAGUCGCUUGAGGUGAGAACCACACAGAAACAUGAGACCCAGAAUUCCCAUCAUUUAGCAUAUCCCAGGAAAGUGCCCACACAGAAGAAUCUGGGACUCCCAGGCCAUAGCUUAUCUUGGCCAUGUAACUUUGGUCAUGACAGUGAUCUCCCACUUUGCUCAUGUAGAGAGUAUACGUGGGAAAUGGCUGCAUCACUCACUGUCUUGUGCAUGUGUCUCCCCAGGGGCAUUUUCAGAUUUCUGCCAGGGAGGAGAUGCUCUUCGCGAAGGGAGAGUCAGGAUGGACUUUUCUCAUUCCAACAACCGCUCUGCUAAGAUAUCUACAAACAUCUCAGUGCCACGAGAGUAAAUAAUCACGCAUCGAAGCUGCACAAGAAGUCAUCUAAUGAGGACAAGAUACUCAACAGGGACCCCAGGGACAGCGAAGCCCCAACAGAGAAGGAGGAGGAGAGUGAAGCCGAAGCCCUGCCAUAGGAGGAGAACCCAGCCCACCUCAGGCCUCCUGGAAAAAAAACAUAGCAUAAACAAUACCCAUCAGAAAGAAAAGCAGGACUGAAGCCAGCGGCCCACACAUCCACAGAGGCAGCGGGCAGAGCAAGCACAGGGCCAUCGUUCCUGCCC